AUGACGUUCUCAAUUGACGAUUACUUCAACUUCGACCUCGAUUCGCCCAACGGCUCUCCGCCACCCUCCCCGCCACCACCUCCGGAGACCCGCACACCUCCCCGCUGCCAAACCCUGGACACUCUGCUCCUGGGGAACAUCUUUGUUCUGCUCCGUGACCUCACCUGCGACACGGGCAAUGUCCUCGCCGCUGCCUCCGUCUGCAGCCACUGGCGCGCCGUCGCGCGCACCUUCCCCGCCAUCUGGACCCGACUCUACGUUGGCCGCUCAGUGCGCUCCGUCGCCGCCUUCCCCACAGCGAUCGCGUUCAGCGCCCACGCGCGGCCCCCUCUCUUGCUCAGCGUCUUUAUGCACCGCACGAUCGCAAACUGGGGCUGGCCGUGGGCGCGCGUGGACAAUGCUCUCGUCGGCACUGCGUGGCGCCUGGCUAAGCUCGACGUGUCGGGCGACGACGACGCGGUCGCGGCACUAAACAAGCUCUUCGACCGGGCGUUGUACGGCGAACUCAAGGAGCUCCGCGUCGUGGUGACGACCCUCGCCCCAGCGGUGGUGGUCCUCCCGCUCGCGCCGAGGCUGAGCUUCGUGCUCACCCAAGGCGUCGCGCUGGCGCGGGAAGAGCUGUCCGUUAUGUGGUAUCCCGAGGGCGUGUUUCUUGAGCUCGGGGCCGGCAGGCGUGAGCACUCGCGCACCCCCAGCGUCGACUUCCGCGGCGCGGCGUUCGAACGAGCGUACGGCAGCCCGUGGCAUCUGGACUGGCUCACCAAGGGCUUCCCACACCUGCGCAUCCUCAAGCUCAACUACGCAUGCUGGCUUUCGCCGAGCGAUGGAAAGGACCGUACUGUGGUGAUUCUCCCGCUCCUGGACGAGCUCCAUGUCAGCGACGGACCCUGGGCUGUCGCGACACUCCUCCAGGUCCUCCUCGCCCCGCAGCUCCGCCACUUCACGUUCAUCCUCGACCUCGCCCCCGCCGCGGGCGAGUCCCACAAGGACCGCCCGACACACUUCGCCGCGAUCGAGGACCUCCUCCUCCACUCCCGCCGCGAGACCGUCCCGCGCCUCAUCGCAUCCACCCCCCACCUCGGCUUCUUCCUGCCCCGCGCCUCCCUGCCGCGCAUUACCGAUGCCUCCUCCCCGCCCCGCUGGAACAUCCACCUCGCCAACGCCUCCCCCGCGCAGCUCGCCGCGCUCUUCGCCCACACCCUCCGCACGCUCGUCCCCGCGCUCGACGCCGCCGCCGUGCCCGUCGACGUCGACCCGCGCACCCUCGCCGCCGCCGCCGGCCUCCUCACCCGCCCGCCCUCGCCGCUCCCCCCACCCGCGCCCGGCUCGCUCCCGCGCGCGCCCACGCCCCCCGGGCUCCGCGAGCACCUCCGCGUGCUCUCCGUGCACGACGCACGCGGCGCGCUGCGCGGCGUUGCGUGGGUGCCCGUCCUCGCCGCGCUGCCCCGCCGCCUCGCGCGGCUCGCGGUCGGGGACGCCGCGGUGGCGCGCGCGGUGCUCGCCGCGCUCGACGCGGACGCGGACGCGCGCGCGAAGCGCGGGGGUGGGGGCGGGGGCGGGGGCUGCCUGCGGCCGGACGCGUUGAUGCUGUGCGGGGUGGGGGAGUGGAGCGCGGGGUGGGUCGGGGGCGUGCUCGAGCGGUGCGCGCGCGCGGACGUGUUGCGGGCGGCGCGGGUCGAGCUGCGGGUGCCGGUGGGGAAGGAUGCAGUGGUGACGGAGGCGUUUCUUGGGCGGGCGGGCGGCGGGAGGGUUUUCAUGGUGAAGGGGUGGUGUGGGGUCUGCGACGAGGCGGUGGGGGCGAUUCGGGAGGGGCAGGCGCAGGUGCGAGAGCAGGGCCGCGGUUGCGUUCAGCCUGGAGAUGCGUCGGCGAGGGGCGUGGUGGCAGACAAGUCUACGUCGCACUGA